AAAAUGGAGCAUCACCUGCUUGUUACAUUGUCAAUUUUGUGGGCAAGCCAAGUAAAUGGUGGUUCCAUGCAUACUCAGAUUGUGGGUGGCAGAGAGGCAACCCCAAACUCUCAUCCAUACAUAGCUUCAUUGCAGUUGAGAGGCCGGCAUUUUUGUGGGGGGUCCCUGAUUGCCCCACAGUUUCUCAUGACUGCUGCUCAUUGUAUGGAGAAUACUGCAUCCAACUUGGUGACAGUGGUGUUGGGGGCUCACUCCCUUCGAGCUAAUGAGGCAACCAAGCAAAGGUUUAGGGUUAACCAAGUCUUUGAAAAUGGCUUCAAUCCUCUGACUUUGCAAAACGACAUUGUCAUACUAAAACUCGAUCGACCAGUGAGUCUAAAUGGAAAAGUACAGGUGGUGUCUCUGCCUAGUGCCAAUGAGGAUGUCCCUGCAGGGACUCAGUGUGUGACUGCUGGGUGGGGCCGACUUUCCACAGAAGGACAAAUACCUGACCGUCUUCAGGAACUUAAUGUCACUGUAACUAGACAAAACUUGUGCCGCCCCAAUAACAUCUGCACAGGGGUCUUCAUGCAACAGGCUGGCAUCUGCUUUGGUGACUCUGGUGGCCCUCUUGUGUGUAAUGGUGUGAUCCAGGGAAUCACUUCCUUUAUUAUCCGCAGUUGUGGGAAUGGCGUGACUCCUGAUUUCUUCUCAAGGGUUUCUCUUUUCCGGAGGUUCAUUGACGAUGCAAUUAACAGCUGAAUUAUGCAUAUCCUUUUCCCCAGCCCACUCACACUUAUGCAUAUCCUUCUCCCCUGACCCAACUUACACUCUUUCUAGUUUACUAAUCAGAUUACUUAACUGCAGAAAUAAGAAAAGGUUAAUGUCCCAGGUUUAGAAUUGCUUCAUGCUCAGCUAAUGGAGGAUGCUUGGAAAGCUUCUUAUCAUUGUGCUCCCAUACCUUCUGUUUCCAUACCUCCAGUCACAAUAGCUGAUCUACGUUAUGCUCCAUGUAUUAGGCUAUUACCCAUGUGUGAUAUCUCAGCUUAACCUGUAUUUUAUGUGUUCUGCAUGGGAUUAUGCUCAGGGUAAGCUAGUGAUCCCCAACCAGGGGCUCGUGGGCAACAUGUUGAUCACCAUCCCCUUUGAUUUUGCUCCCAGUGGCCUCAAAGUAGGUGCAUAUUUUUAAAUUUCUGGCAUGGAGGCAAGUUUUGGAAGCCCAUAGACACCGUUUUACAUCAAGCAGAACCUCCUGCAGGCUAGCAGUCCACAUUUGUCUACCAAAUACCCAAUCACAGUGCAUCCCCAAAGAAUUCUUUUCAUGCUUGUGUGGCUCAGCAAACCUUUUAAAUGUGAGUGUGGGUCACAACUUAAAAAAAGUUGGAGAUCCCUGUUGUGAGCUAUAACCAAGAUUUGGAAAGAACAGUCAUAAGCAAAAGCUAACCCUUCAGAUAUUUUAAACUACAAUACCCAGGUAUUUUGGCAUUGCAGUCUUUAGGAAACCUUUUCCUGCCAGUACAGUGCUCUUUGCCACUCUUGUAUUUAGCAGCCAUAGUGCACCACGGCCACCAUAAAUGGCAUGCCUAAUGAGCAUGACUUAUAUUAAGAAAUCAGAUUCUAACAAAUGAAACUUUUGUUACUGUCAAAUGUGCUCACAGUGUAUACUGUAUAUGAUUGCAAGUUAAUAAACUAUACCAUUCUAUA